CUGGGGGGAGGGGCAGGAGGCGGCCGCCCAGUCUGCUCCAGCCCUCCUUGCUCUGUCCACUCUGACACGGUGUCCUCUUGCCCGGGAGAGGGGAAGCAGAUCGAAGGGCAUUUCAGUGACCAGACCAGAAACCUCCCACCCCCAGGUGAGACCAAGACCCCUGUCCAGCUCCUUCCCCAGGAUGGACAGGAGCCCCAGCUUCCGGCCCCCCGUUGGACUAAACCUGCUGCUGCUCCUUCUGGCACUGCUGCUUGGGGGCCAGGCCGCCACAGAGUUCUACGGGAUCCCCGGGAUACCAGGCCUGCCCGGGGCCCCGGGGAAGGAUGGGUAUGACGGACUGCAAGGGCCCAAGGGUGAACCAGGAAUCCCAGCUAUUCCUGGGACACGAGGACCCAAGGGUCAGAAGGGAGAAGCUGGCACACCUGGCUAUCCUGGGAAAAAUGGCCCCAUGGGAGCCUCUGGACUUCCGGGGGUUCCCGGAUUCAUCGGCCUCCCCGGGGAGCCAGGAGAGGAGGGCAGGUACAAGCAGAAGCACCAGUCCGUGUUCACAGUCACACGGCAGACCGUCCAGUACCCGGCAUCGAACAGCCUGGUCAAGUUCAACACGGUCGUCACUAACCCGCAGGGGGACUAUAACACCAGCACCGGCAAGUUCACCUGCAAAGUCCCCGGCCUCUACUACUUCGUCCACCACACGUCACAGACGGCCAACCUGUGUGUGCAGCUGUACCACAAUGGCGUCCAGAUGACCACCUUCUGUGACCACAUGUCCAGCAGCAAGCAGGUCAGCUCAGGCGGUGUGCUGCUGCGGCUGCGGGAGGGCGCGCAGGUGUGGCUGGCCGUCAACGACUACAACGGCAUGGUGGGCACCGAGGGCUCCGACAGCGUCUUCUCCGGCUUCCUGCUCUUCCCCGACUAGGGGAGCAGGCCUCUCCGGCCCCAGGCUACCCCACCUCCCUCAGCUUCCCUGCACGGACUUGCUGCGCCGCAUCCUUGCUCCGGCCAUUCUCCCCACCGCGUGGACUCCUCCUCCAGGAAGCCCACCCUGACACCCCCCCUGUGAGUUCUCUCCCUUCUCUGAGUUCCUACAGGAGUCACUGCUCUGACACUUAACCAACACCUCUAGUGCUACCACUCCUUUUUUCCAAGUCUUGGAAGACUC